CUUUGUAUCAUCAACAAUAAACCCAAAAUCAAAAAUCAAAUCUUUCUCUCCCUCCUUCGGUUCUUCGUCUCUGACAAAAAUGGAUGUUUACGAGAGUUGUUUCGUAUCUGAAACUCCACCAAGUGAAGAAGAGAUGGAUGUAAGGAAAGGUCCGUGGACAGAAGAAGAGGACUUGACGCUCAAGGCGUUUGUCAAUAUUCAUGGUGAAGGUCGAUGGAAUUCAGUUGCUCGGUUAUCAGGUUUGAAAAGAACCGGCAAGAGCUGCAGAUUAAGAUGGCUCAACUAUUUGAGACCCCAAGUGAGACGUGGGAACAUCAGUCUCCAGGAGCAGCUAUUGAUCCUUCAACUCCAUUCUCGAUGGGGAAACAGAUGGUCGAAAAUCGCACAACAUUUGCCUGGGAGGACAGACAACGAGAUAAAGAACUAUUGGAGAACGAGAGUCCAGAAACAGGCAAAGCAGCUUAAAUGUGACGUCAACAGCAAACAAUUCAGGGACACCAUGCGUUACGUUUGGAUUCCACGUUUAAUUGAACGAAUCUGUGCUUCAUCCGAAUCCCCCUCCGGUCAACAACCCUCGGCCGCCGCCUACUCGGAUCAUAUCAGCAACAUGAACACCAAUCAAAUCACCUGUGGAUCAGUCCAAGUCGACUCGAGUGUUAUGACGGAGUUGUCAGGCACUUCGUCGGACUCCCAGGAUGCUCAAGUCUCCUCCGUUUCGAACUUGACAGAAUGUUACGACGCACCCCACGUUUGGAACUACCCGAACAGUUUUCAAAUCGGGUCGGGUUUAAGCUCGGAAAUUUUAGAGGGCACAUGGAAUAUAGAUGGUGGAGAGUCGAUGGAGAGCAUGUGGAAUGAAGAGAAUAUUUGGUUCCUAAGACAGCAGCUUUAUGAGGAUGAUUUCAAUUAGCUUACUUUACCUAUCAAGUUUUAUAUUUUAAACAUUUUGGGCAUUCUUUGUUAUCAAAUAUAAGAGUAUCUCUAACAGUACAAGAUCUAUAGACUUUUGG